AUUUAGCUCUGUGAGGCCGGCGCUGGCACGGAUCCGUCUUCUUUUGGAAAAAAUAGGCUUUGAAUCAAGUUUCUCUGUUUCCCUUCUUGAUGAACGCAAUAUUUUGAUAAACUUUUCAUCGGACAAGGAUUUUUUGAGAUGUUUGUUGCGCAAAUCAUGGAAAUUGGAUGGAUGUAUUAUGAAGGUUUUGAGAUGGGCACCAGACUAUGAUGCGGAAACAGAAUCACCACUAAUUCCGGUUUGGAUUGGUCUCGAAGGACUGCCAAUCCAUCUUUUUGAUUCAUCAGCUCUCUACUUGAUUGCAAAUCUUAUAGGGAGACCUCUGCGUACAGAUACUGCAACCAAAAACCUUUCUAGACCUUCUGUGGCUCGGCUUUGUGUUGAACUUGAUCUUUCUAAAGAGAUACCAAAGGCUAUAUGGAUACACCUAGUCAAACUCUCUUUUUUUCAACCCAUUUACUACGAAGAUCUGCCAGAUUUCUGCUCGUGCUGCAAGCAAUUUGGUCACACAAACUGCAAAGAAGGGGUUCGAUCAUCUAGAUGGACUCGUAGAGAUACCACAAAAACCAAUGUGAAUGCCCAAGGUAUUAGCCAACCUAGGGCUUCUAAACCUCUGCAACAAGACACCAAAUUUGAACAGCAGCUUACAACAGAUCCCAAGGAAGCUUUUAGCGAAGUUGAUAUGGUGAUAAAUCUGGAUACACAUCAAGCAACCGACCCCAGGGUGGCACUUCCAAUAGUCACUCCUGCACCAACAGACAUUUCCACUUCUCCUCAUGUUACUGCUCUCAGGCAGUACCCAUCAGAUUCUAUGGAUGGCUUAAAACAGGUAGAUGAGCAACCAGAAGCUAAGGAUAUCACAAACUAUUUUGACUUCAACACUACAAAAGACACCAAGGAUGAGCACUUAGUGGGUUCUGUGACAGCCCAAUAUGAAAUGGAAAAUCAGACUAAGGAAGCAGAUUUGGAACAUACACAAGAACAAUCAAUUGAGGAAAGCAUGGAUGAUAAGACUGCACAAAAUGCUAACUAUGUAGAAAAUACAAUCAACCUGGAUGAAUUUCCGGUACUCACAAGACAUAACAUGGAAGAGGAUGUACACAAUCCAAAUGUGGAGGCGGUUGUACACACUCCAACCGAGAUGGAGAAAGAUGACACAACAGGGAAUGGGGAGGCGGAUGUACACACUCCAAUCAAGAUGGAGAAGGAUGACACAACAGUGACUCUUACUCUGAUGGCUGAAGAUACAACAAAGGAAAACACAACACCAAACAAUUCAGAUGUUAACCCUGUCAACAUUGGACCGAUCCUCCACUCUUUUGAGCAUGAAGGGCAACAUUAUGAAAUUAGGUCUUACAUGGAGGAAGGACAAACGUCAAACCACAAUGAUGAAAACCUCACAGCUCAUGACUUCCAAGAAGUCUAGAAUAUAAGAGGUAAAAAGAAGCAAGCUAUGCCAAGGACCAUUAAAACAAGAGGCUAUGAUCCUAAUCUCGAAGUCGGGACUGUGAGCAAGAUCACGAGAUACUGGCCCAGUCGCAAAUCUACUACUAUGGAGAAAAUAGUUACUACCAAAACUUACUCUGGACCCUUUUGGUAUGUUGG